CAUCGUCACCCAGCUAAACCAGGAAACGAAAGCACCUUGCAGGGCUGCCGUGCAGAACAUACCAAGACCACCACUAUAUCCAGAUACAGUCUUGAAUCUUGUCACUAUCCAUCCCGCGAUCGCAGAUCUCACCAUGAAUCUCGUAGAAUGGGCGUUCGGAAAGCGUAUGACGCCGGCCGAGCGGCUGCGAAAGCAUCAGAGGGCUCUUGAGAAGACACAACGCGAGCUAGAUCGGGAACGAGUGAAGCUGGAGAACCAAGAGAAGAAGCUGGUACUGGAAAUCAAGAAGAGCGCCAAGAAUGGACAAAUGGGCCCGCUUAGGAUACAAGCCAAAGACCUAGUCAGAACGAGACGAUAUAUCCAAAAGUUCUACCAGAUGCGCACUCAGCUCCAGGCAAUCUCUCUACGAAUUCAGACGGUCCGGAGCAACGAGCAGAUGAUGCAGUCCAUGAAGGGCGCCACAGCACUUCUGGGAAGCAUGAACCGGCAAAUGAACCUCCCCGCUCUCCAGCGAAUCGCCAUGGAAUUUGAAAAGGAGAACGACAUCAUGGACCAGCGCCAAGAGAUGAUGGACGACGCCAUCGACGACGUUACAGGACUAGAAGAUGAGGAGGAGGGAGAGGAGGUUGUUAACCAGGUCCUAGACGAGAUUGGCAUUGACCUCGGACAAGCGCUUGGGGAGGCUCCGUCCGGAUUACAGAGCACAGCUGUCGCUGAAGGGCGGGUGGCACAGGCGGUUGGUGGAGAUCCAGGCGACGACGACCUCCAGGCACGGCUAGAUAGUCUGCGGCGAUGAUACCACAUUUCUCGGGAGCAUCCCGUCGGCUUUUGGUUCAAGUCGCCAGCAUUGGAGUUAACGGUGGCGUUCAGGAAUUAUGGGACGGGUGCCUCGAUCGGAUCGAAUUUCCAUGCCCUAUAUCUGUCUUCACUUGCGGUAGUGGCAUGUCUCACGAUGUAAGCGAAACGACAUUGGAGCUACAGAGCUAGUAUAAGACUUCAUAUCAUCUAGACAUCCUUUGUCAUGUCCAAAGGCCUCCUAACCUCUCAUAUCCGCCUUGUGGUACCUAUGCAAGGACACUCAGCUGUCAAGGCUCCAAGCGAAGAGCCCAGGUGCCGAGUUCGUGUGUUUGAUCUUGAAGCCAGCAACCAAGUCAGGCAAGGCAGUCCUGUGCUACCGCUUCCUGCGUGGACGUCGUCUUGGUGUGCUUCGAGUCUUGGCUCUAUUGAUACCUCAGGUUGACCCACAAUUCUACUGCC